CUGCUCAAAAAUUUUCAGAUCUUGCACAUUGGAGUGCAGCUUGCAAGCGUGAGGAGAACACUUUUCAACGGAAGUGAACGUCAAACUUACCUCGAACACGUUGUAGCCGGUGUAAAAAAGGUCAUCGAGAAUCCUGACAAAUUGACAGAGCAGAUUCAUGUGCUUGGUGAAAGAAAUGAAAGAUUUUAUGGGGAAGUGAUUACCAAGAUUUAUUUGCAGCCUGCGUUCCAUGAAUUCUGUCGGAUGGUAUCACGAUUGAAGACGAACUUCCAGCUUUGUGAACUCAUAAAAGUCCCAGAUUACGCUGCUCUUAUGCGGCUUUUGGCACAAUUUACUGUGGAAAGCUUGAGGCUUUUCUAUGGGCAGAUGAUGGAUCUUUCGGCGAAUAGCACAUACUUUCUGCUUACUUUCUGGCAAAGAAUGGUGACAUCGGUACCCUAUGUGAGGAGUAGUGAGGAUCACUUGCUGAAUUUAUACUGUCCUGAAAUCAUGACGGCAUUCGUGGAAAGUCGAUUGCAAAAUGUUGAACGAGUUGUGAAAGAUGGCCACGAUGAUCCACUGGAAGAUCAAGGUUCCACAUUGCAAAUUAUGGAACACUUGGCCAUCAUCUGCCGAUGCGAAUACGAGAAAACUGCUCGGCUUCUGGCAAAUGCUUUUGACGAAAAUGCUAGGAUACUGGAAGCGGGACCGGAAGGGUCAUGUUCUAACAAUUUUGUUUUCCUGCCUUGUCAUCGCAGUCUUGCGGCCUGGUUCAUUGACCUUCGGGUUCGCAUCGCCGAAGGGCGUCUUGUAUGGCUUGUCACGCUAAUUGGUACGGCUGUAUUUGGAAAAACUGCAGUUUCCAACAAUGAAGAACAUGAUAAAAUGGACGGAGAUUUAGUGGCGAGAUGCUUGAAAUUUAUGCGAAUAAACGAUAAUAGAUUGAUUUUCCCUGCUAAUGUCAACGCCAACCCUGGAAAGGGAAAUGUUCGCUUAGAGGUGGCUUUCAUCCAUCUUUUGGAGCAAUUUCGUCGUGCAUAUAUUAUGGACCAGAUCACCAAGUCGAGCCCAGUAUAUGAUAAGUUGAAUACGGAACUAGGAGUAUCUGACGAAACCGACAUGCUCAGCGUGAUCGUGCAGAAAAUCCUUACCAACCUGAAAUUUUGGGCUACUAAUGAGCAAAUCCUGGAACUAUCUUUAUCGCUUUUGAAAGAUCUUUCACUUGGUUAUACUGCAGUCCGUAAACUGUUUCGUCUUCAAGAAGUACAGCUUCUCCUGAGCAAUCACACGGCAGAGCACUUCGUUUUUCUUGGACAGUCGGUACCAUAUUCAACGAUGAAGCACAGAACUGUCUUUUAUGAGGCUCUCACUCGGCUGCUCACUAUUGAUUUAAACGAUGAUGAACAGUUAUUUGAUCAAUUUAUGCAACCAUUAGCAGCAACAAAGCGUGAACUUACUGCUAUAAUGACAACCCAAAACUACAACGGCGGAGUCUCUCAGGAUGAGCUUCAGAGGGUAGUGGUAGGACUUUGUCGUGACCUGCGUGGAGUUGCUGUUGCUUGUACUACGAAGAAUCUCUUUCAAAUUCUGUUCGAUUGGCUUUACCCAGAUGUUUUCAAUAUCAUGCUGCGUGCUGUAGAAGAAUGGUCAUCUUAUCCACAGGUUAUGACGCCAAUAUUCCGAUUACUUGCGGAGUUGUGCCAAAAUCGACAGCAACGAUUGAAAUUUGAGAUGAGCAGCUGCAGCGCUGUCUUGUUAUUCAAGGAAGCUAGCAAAAUCAUCUGCUCUUAUGGAAAUCAAAUCCUAAUCAUGCCGGAUGUUCCAAAGGAACGCGCAUAUGCGGAGCGAUAUAAGAAUAUCGGAAUCAUUUUCAAUGUGUUGAAAUGUGCACUCAUCGGAGCUUAU